GGAAGGAUCCUUAUUUGGAAGGAGUUGAAUUGUGAUAAGAUAUAAUCUAGGGAUAGGGAUGAAUUUAAUUACACUAAAAUGAUAUUAAUAUUUAUAUACAAAUUAGAAACAAUCAGUGUCGCGGGAAGGAGAACCGAGCUUCCACUAAAAUUUGGGCUAUGAGGAGAUACAAAUAGGCUCGAUCCAAGAAUUGCAUACAAUCACUACAAUACGCUCUGCACGGGUACCCCUACAACAUCCUCUCCCUCUCUUUCUCUAUCAGGCUGAGGCUGGAGCUGAUUGAAUCAGAACUGGACAACAAAAUUAUAGAAAUCCAAGUCAUAAAAGCUAAGCAGCGAAAAGGAGGAAAGAAAAGAACAACGCACUCAACGGCAUUUUCAUGUAUCCAAUUCAAUGCUCAUUAACUGUAAUCUCCAUCACUGGACUUACAUUACAACUCAGCGCCAGGGCAAUUGAACUACCGACAUCCAAAUGACGGAUACGAAUCUGGAUCUACAAGAAUCGGGUUGGGAGGAACUGAGGAAAGAAGCUCGAAAGAUCGAAGGCGAUCUCGAUGUUAAACUCUCUUCAUAUGCUAAGCUCGGUGCUAGGUUCACCCAAGGAGAUACUGGGUCGCCAACGCUUGGGUCGAGUAGAUCAUGGAAGUCUAUGGUAAUUGAAAUUCAAUCAUUGCUUGAGAAGCUGCUAGACAUAAAUGAUGCUAUGAGUAGAUGUGCUGCAUCUGCUGCACCAACUACUUCGGUAACCCAGAAACUUGCGAGGCAUAGAGACAUACUACAUGAGUUUACUCAGGAAUUUAGGAGAAUUAAGGGAAAUAUAAGCUCAAUGAGGGAACAGGCAGAGCUUCUGAGUUCUGUCAGAGAUGAUAUCAGUGAGUUUAAGGCAUCUGAGGGUAUGUCACCAAGAAUGCAAUUACUUAGAGAGCGAGCGGCCAUCCACGGGAACAUAGCUCAUAUAGAUGAUGUGAUUAAUCAAGCUCAAACGACAAGGGCUGUGUUGGGCUCUCAAAGAGCUUUGUUUGGAGAUGUCCAAGGCAAAGUAAAAGUUCUAAGUGACAAGUUCCCCGUUAUCCGUGGCUUGCUUGGUUCCAUCAGAAGGAGGCGUUCAAGAGACACACUUAUUUUAUCAGCCGUAAUUGCUGGUUGUACGUUGUUCCUUAUUAUCUAUUGGCUCUCAAAGUAACUAGAGAUACGAGUUAUUAAUAGGGUAAUGUUCAAAGUGGAAGGUUUGGCUUUGCUGAGAGAAUUUUGCAGUAUAAUUUGUUAGAACCGAUCACAUUCCCUGUUAAGCUUGAGGUACCUUCUUUUUGGUGCCAUUACAUAGAAAAUCACAUUUUUAUUUAAUGUGCAAGUCAGUUGCAUUGCUCAA